AUGGGAAGAGAAAACCAUGACCCUACUAUUGUUCACUCUUCCAUUGCACUUUUACAAGAGAGGUUUAGACAAUUGGAAAGAGUUAAAGAAAUGAGAGAAGAGAGAGAGCUAAAGAGAAUGCUCAAUGAACCAAAACAACAAACUUAUGAUCAAUCAACAAGGUUGUUUUCAUCCAACCAUGAAUUGAUCAUUCCAUCAAGGUCUUCACCACCUCAUGUUUCUCUUUCUCUUUGGCCAACAACAUCAUCACAGGUAAAACAACAAGAGGAGUAUUACACAAGUUUGAAGAGUCCCGUUUCAAUGAACUUAUGCACCACAAGUUAUACACAAAACAUGCAGGCUAAUUCAUGGAAGAAUGGUUAUGAUUGUGAGUCUGCCUCUGAUUCUGGUGUUGACACUUCUCUUCACCUGUAG